UAUGGGCAGUAGAACUCUGAUCCCGUGGUCCGAUCUUCCGAAAGAUCUUGUCGAGAGGAUCGGCAGUUUCCUCGACGGUACACAUAUUGACGUCCUUCGCCUUCGUGCAGUCUGCACAACAUGGCGUUCAUCAAUUCCUCCUUUCAAAACUCUCUUCCUUUACCUCUCAAAUUGCAAUUCCCCAUCAUGCCCCUCGACACGGGCCGUUAUGGAUGCAACCCUGACUUUUAUCUAAUCGAAAGCACGGUUUAUCUUUUCCAACCCCUUCAUGAUGGCACUUCCAUUAAUAAUAAUAAUCCUUCGUCUUCCAGAGGCUGGUUGGUGAAGUUUAUUCAAACAGUUGAUGGCAAAUUGACGCUUGUGAAUCCACUAAACAACAAAACAAUCCAGGUUUUGCAAGAGGAUGUGCCUAAUAAUGUAUUGAAUUUACUAGACUUACACGUUUCUCAAGUUUGCAAAUCUUAUCAUGUCCAAUACUUCAAUAAGGAUCAUGAUCUGGGGCGUCAUCCUGCUAGUAAAAUUUUGCUAAAUUCUACCAAUGACCGUGCCUGGAGUAGUACUGGGACCAAUAAUUAUUUUUCUCUAAUGGCUAUUCACAUUAGGGGUCAUUUAUGUUACAUUAAGUCGGGGGACGAGAAGUGGACUAAGUUAAAAGAUCGCAGUUGUAAGAUUGUCGAUAUCAUUGUGUAUAAGGGAAAUUUUUAUGCUGUUGAUCGUUAUGGGGAGACCAUAAAGUUUGAUUCCUUGCUUAAUGAGACCAAGGUAGCUUCCAUGUUACACAAUAUUGGGGGUAGGAAGAAACGACUUGUGGAAUCAAGUGGCCAAUUGUUUCUGAUUGAUAUGUUUUUAGAUGUUGAUCAUGAUAGAUAUCCCGAGUUCCGCCAUGUUAUUGGCCAUUCUGGGGGCAAAGCACUAAAAAUUAAAAUGUACCGGCUAGAUGAACAACAACAUGAGUGGACUGAAGUACAUACAUUGGGUGAUCGGAUUUUCUUCGCUGGUGAUGAUUGUUGUUUCUCUGUUUCUUCAAAAGACUUUGGUGACGGCCGAGGGAAUUGCCUUUAUUAUACAAACGGAGGUAUAAGAAUGGAGAUCUUGGGGAAGUAUGGUGACCGUGGCAGUGAUCAUUUGUUCAACGAAUCUGGUGACAAGUAUGGUGAUCAUCUUAGUCAGAAACUGGUACACAAAUAUAAAGGAUUACAUGGUCACAACACGGGUGUCUUUACCAUAGAAGAUGGUAAGCUUGGAUCAUUGUUAUCCUUCCUUGAAUAUGCAGAUAUUUUCUGGCCACCACCAUCUUGGCUCAAUCGCGAGGAUCAGGGAAUUUAAGACUAGUAAACAGGAAGUCGCUGAGUCGUGAUUAUAAUAUUUACAUGUAAGGAAGAGGCAGCAAGAUUAAUUCACGAAAAGAUGCAGAUCCUACUCUAAUUAAACUCUCUAACUUGUCUAUGUCGUUUCGCCUUAAUUUGCGUUCGAUUUCAAUUUGUUUCUUGUGUUACUACUAGCUAAUGACG